AUGGUGGAUGGGGAUUUCUUCAUAGAGAAGAAUGGAAUCGAGGAAAAGGUUAUUGACGCUCCUCCGAGUGAAGUGGAACAUGGCAUCAUCAAGGACUGGGAUAAGGAAGAGUCGGCCAUUCGACGCAAGAUCGACUUCAUCUUAAUUCCUACUCUUGCCCUUGCCUUUUUCUCCCUCCAACUCGAUCGUGGCAACAUCAGUGCUGUCCUCACCUCAACCAUCACCGAAGAUCUCGGCAUCACCACUAACCAAGUCAACAUCGGUUCGCAACUCCUGUCGGCCGGCAUUGUUCUCUCAGAAAUUCCAUCGAAUUUUCUGUUGCAGCGCAUCGGACCCCGGACAUGGUUAUCGGGGCAACUAUUCGCCUGGGGACUGGUUGCUACCUUCCAGGCCUUUGUGCAGUCCUAUCCGGCAUACCUGGUGACACGCAUCCUGCUUGGUCUCUGUGAAGGCGGUUUCAUUCCAGGCGCGCUAUAUUACCUUUCGACAUGGUACAAGAAGGACGAAACCAGUCUUCGGACUAGCUUGUUCUUCUAUGGUCAAAUGUUUGCUUCUGCGACUUCUAGUCUGAUCUCUGCUGGUGUGCUCAAGCUCAGUGGCACCAAUGGCAUGGCCGGCUGGAGAUGGAUUUUCCUCAUCGAGGGUGUUAUCACUCUGUUCAUCGGCAUCAUCUUUACACUCCUAGUCCCACCUAGUGUAGGUGACGGUCGCCCACUGAUUUCCUUUGGUCGCUGGAGCUACUUCACCGAAAGAGAAUCACAGAUCAUGCGCAACCGAGUCUUGCUAGAUGACCCUAAGAAGGCUCGAGGCCACAUUCAGAUCUCCAAAUCGGAUGUCGGACGAGCCCUGACAAACCCUCGCAUCAUGCAGCAUGUGAUGCUGACGCUAGUGUCCAUGACCGCUUUCCAAGGCUUGACCCAAUAUACCCCUACUCUGAUCAAGUCACUUGGAUUCGGCUCGGUCAAAGCCAAUGCCCUGGCGUCUGUCCCGGUGUACUGCGGUAUCAUUUGGCUAACAGUCUUGUCAUUCCUUGCGGAUCGCCUUGGUCACCGCGGUCCAUUUGUGUUGCUUGCCAUUACCUGGAAUGUGAUUUCCUAUGUAUGCUUGCGUACAGAUCCGUAUGAUUCUGGGAAGUGGCACCGUUAUGCUGUCAUUGCCAUCACCAACGUAUCCUACUGUAGUAUGCACAUUCUCAAUGUCGGUUGGUUAUCUAUCUACUGCCGAACUCCCCAAGAACGUAGUGUUGCCAUGGCACUGGUUGUCAUGGGAGCAAAUUGUGCUGGAAUAUCUGGCUCUCAGAUCUUCCGGACCGAAGAUGCACCCAAGUAUCUGAAUGGCUUGACAGCCAUCUGUGUGCUAGCAGGAGUGUCGUGGUUACUCGCAGCAGGGCUUGGGGUGCAGACUUAUUAUGGGCGGAAAAGCGCGACCGCAACGGACAAGGAGUCCAGCCCUUCGACAGCCUCUUAUAUCCCUCAGGCAUGCGUUCCAGAGACGAUUUAG